CUAAGACAGAUCAGUUGCGAUGUCUGCAAGGGAAAUCAGCGCUCCGGAGCUGUUUCAAUCUUAUAUAUCUCGACAUGAACAAACGAAAGCGUUUUCGGAAUUAGGCAAAUCGGCUUCUAGACCGUCCAAUGCGAUGUUGAAGGCGAAUUUAGAAGAAUUACGACGGUCGAAAAUAGAAGACAUGAAUAGCAAACGUUUAGAAGCGUUCAGGAAAGCUGUAAGCAAUCGUGUGAAGAGAUUAGAAAAAAUGAAACAAAACGAAGAGAAGAAACAGGCAGAGCGAUGUGUUGACGGUGAACGGCAAGCUUUGGAACAGAGCUGUGUUGCUAGACAAAAACUGUUACAGACUGACAGUCGUGUCAAUUGUAAUCGAUUGUCAUCACAACCAAAGGCAUCACGUCUGAGAGAUGGCAAUGAAAGUUGCAUCGUGUUUAUGGAUGCAGUGGAGGCAAAUCACGGAUCUUCAACACAAGCUAGAGAAACGUUGUUGUCCAGAAGAACAAAUGUGACACAAGAAAAGAUGUGUGAAUUGCCUGGUGGUCUAUGGAAGGAACACAUUUCUCCGAGUUUGUCACAUGAUGUCAAGAGACGUGAGGACGAUGCUGUUGAACGACGUGAUGAUGAUGAUGUCAUAGAAAGUUGUGAUGAUGACGUCAUUAAAAGACGUGAAGAGUAUGUUAUUGAAGGUCACAAUGAUGAUAUGGAUUCACAUCAAGACAGUGACUCUUCGAGUUGUGAGGAUCAUGUGCGUGACAAAGGAAUGUUGGACGUAGAAGGUGGUAAGAUGAAGGUCAAAUUUCAAGACGACGUGGAAGUUAUACGAAACGAGACGAGUAGUGGAUGUGAUAAUGAGAGUGAUGGUGAAAUUUGUGAUCAUUUGGAGAGAGUCAGAAGGAAUGCCGUGUGCGCAUAUCAACAGAAAGAGCUUACAAAGAAAGAGGCUUGCAGUCAGUUAGUGGCAGUUCGUCGGCUGUUUAUGAGUCUGGAACGAGAGCAAGUGCAAGAGCGACGGAAACUCCUUAGACACAAACAGCACGUUGAGAGACUAAAAUGUGCGAAAGAGGAUUCUCGUAAUGUUGCAGAGCGUCAUCUAUGGGAGCUAACGGCACCGCGAGAUCAACUAACUGGCCAACUUGUCACUCUAGUUGAAGAACGUGAGAGGAAGGAGGACGGAAAUGUGAAGCGUGUGCUCACGAGGAGACAACAACAUUUGGAGAAAAUGAAAGACAACAUGAGGUUUAUCGAGGCAUUGCAGGCUCAACUGAAGGAAAAAUUGAAACACCAACGUGUUGAUUUACCUUCGUUGUGUGGCUGUGCUCCAUCGUUUUGGGAUUGUCAUCCUCUAACGUGUGCAAACAAUUGUGUGUUCUACAGAAAUCCUCAAGCAUAUGCAAGAGCAGUGACAUCUCUCCUUGAAUCGUUGGACAUUCCACAUUAUAAAUAAAAGGAAAGUUGUUGCACUAACUAAUACCUCGUGUAGAGUUCAUGUAUCUUGUCUGUGUGUGUCAGCACUCGAACUGGCAAACAUCGACUAGCUACAUGAGUGUGAUAGGUGAUAGUGGUGAUUGCGUAUUUUGUGGUACAUGUUACUCAGGACACUACAAACAACUUUAUUAAUAGAAAAUUAAUGAGCAAUUCACAUUUGCUUAGCGUGCGUUAUGCAGUAAGUUAUUCAGUUUUAGCGUGCGCUACGCAAUAGGUUGUUCAGUCACUAAACAU